AUGUCUCAAAAAACUGGAGAUAUAUAUGAAAGAUUUUUGAUGUUUUUGUUUAAAAUAGAAAAACAUGAUGCCAAGUAUCUUUUUGACACUCUAAUUUCAGUUUUAGAAAAUCAGGGAAUAGACCCAAAAUUUUGCAGAUGUCAGUCUUAUGACAAUGAGGCUAAUAUGAGCGGAGUGUAUUCGGGAGUACAAACUAGAUUUAGGGAAAUCAACAGCGCAGCCACUUGGGUACCAUGUGGAGCUCAUAGUCUUAAUCUAGUUGGCACAGCGGCGGCAGAAAGCUGCUUAGAAGCUGUAAAAUUUUUUGAAAUUUUGCAAUCGCUCUACAAUUUCUUUGCAGCAUCCCCUCAAAGAUGGUCCAAACUAAGGUCUUUGGGAAGUAAAUUUGGUGUAAAAAGACUUUCAGAGACCAGAUGGUCAGCACGUUAUGAGGCUGUAAAAACAUUAUGUGCCCAUUAUGAUGAUAUACGUGGUAUUCUUACAAAUAUUUCAACUAGUGAAGGUAUGAAACCUACAACAGUGAUUGAGGCACAAACCUUAAUCCAUCAAAUGAAUACUUUGGAGAUGGUAUUACUCACAGUUAUUUGGGAAGAUCUACUAAAACACGUCAAUAUUGUAAAUAAAUCUCUUCAAGAACCUGGCAUCGAGUUUAACACGAUGGUGCGACUUUACGACAGUUUAAUUCAAUAUUUUAUCUCACUGCAGAACUGA